CAGAUUGCCCGGACCAAAAUGUCCGAUUUAUAUGCCAGGGAAACAUGAGGUCUGUUAUGGAGUCUCUGAGUCAAAAGAGACUUAUGGGAAUCCAAUGUCCGAAAACUACAAACGCAUCCUUCCGGCGCCUGUGCCUCUCGGCUCUGCCCAGGCAAAUCUAUCGGAAUCUCCUUUUCAAAAGGAUAGCGGUCCGCCCAUCAAGAAGCGUACUGUUUCCAAGGCCGCCUGCAACAACUGCCGUCAUAAGAAGAUACGGUGUGAUGGCAUUAGACCUUCCUGCACGGCCUGCAGCAAGGCCGGCGUAGAGUGUAAUUUUGUUACCGCCAGUAGCGAUGAGACUCCGUUUAUGGCCCUGAAGCGAGAAGUUGAAUCCCUCAGAAGAUCUACCGAAGACAUUUUGGAGAUAUUCGACCUCCUGGAAUCCGCCCCUGACGAAAUUUCUCUCGACAUAUUAAGACGAUUAAAAUCCACCAGGAACCAUGCCGAGGGGGCGAGCGAUCCUGCCGAUAUUUUGGCAUCUGUCAAAAAGGACCUCGAGGGCGAACCCCUUUUGCCCGUGAAGCUUUCUAAUCGGCAGUUAAUGGCUAACCUCAUCCCCGAGACCCAAGAGACCACCGAAUACGAACUCAUAAUGCGAUGCCCAACUACCUAUCCCAUGCUGAUUCCUAUUGAAAUCGCAUUCAUCAACUUAGCCGAUCUUUUGCGACCUGCUAUUCUAGAACGUCAGAAAUGCCGGGGCGGGAGAUACGCCAUCAUCUUCGACUGUCCUCGGGGGGAUGGAGGAAGGUUCAUCCAGGAGUGGAUUAAUGCCAACCUCUUUAGAAGCGAGUGAUCCCGAGAUAGGAAACCUCGAGCCUCUGCAAUCGAUGCACUCGGUCAUUGACGAACGACUGAAGGAGGUGGAUUUCCAGAGAUGGA